AUGACUGAUCUUGAAAUUAAGGGUGGCAUUAGGAAUGAUCAGCAUCUCGAUUUAUCAACAUUAUUGAAUGCACGCGCCUCCAGCUUUUUACACCACACUAAAAAACGAUACCGUAAGCUCUUCCCUGAUGCCAAACCCGUCAAUGAAAAGUUCAUAUUCCCAACUCAGUCUCAGUUGAAAGGACUCAUGGAGGCAUCUAAAGGAAUUUGCUCCUGGAGUGGUUUACAGGGACAGUGGAGACCAGAGAAGUCAUCUCAUCUAUUUUUAUUGACCAUUGAUCAUGUCGUGCCGGUCUCCAAGCAUGGCUCUCCCACUAUAGAUAACCUACAAGUGGUAAUUUCGAUGUAUAACUCGGUCAAGAGCGAUGAAUUCGAAAGCGAAUUUCAACGCUGGCUAUACUACUCUUAA